AUGGAGUAUUCAUUUAUUUCACGACAAACUUUUGAUGAUCUAGUCAAAAAAUAUAUUGAAAAUUUGGCACCAAACAAGAGAGAAAAGGCCUUGAUAAGCCAAGUUAAAUUACAACAAAUAAAGGAAGUUCUUCUUGAUCCCACAAAUACUAAAUUAUACACCUAUGAUUUAAUUUAUGAUACUUCACCUACAAUCGAGUUCUCAGUAAGUUUAAAUCAAGAUUUAAACUUAAAUAAUUUAAUUGAUAAUAUGGAUAAUGCACCCAUAAUUAAAUCAAGUCAAAAUUCAAGUUUAAACAAUUUGAUUGACGAUACUGAUACUAUAAUUGAAACUUCAACUGAUGAUACUGAAAUAUCUAUAAUUGAAUCGUCAAAUUUAAAUCCAAAUUUGAAAAUGGUAAAUUUAUUUAUAAUUAAUUAUUAA